AUGGCAAACUUGAGAAGCGGCAGGCUGCUGACCUGCUUUUACUGCGGCAAGCGCUCAUCAACAAGAUACGAUGGCCUGAUUCGAGAGUUUCUCUGCCUAAAAUGCGACGCGACAAACUAUUUGGACGAGCGCGGAGACAUCACCGAUCCUCCAGUAGCCAAGACCACUUCAGCGCCUGCUGCGACGACGUACGCGAUACCACGGUCUCAGUCCCCCGACUUCAGCACCCCAUCACAAAGCAUCUUCUGCCCGACAUGUCUCAAGAAUCAGCACCUGUUCACCAGCUCCCUGGCACAAUACCUGCCCGAAGAUCCAGACCACCCCGACUAUGCCGAACUCGAGAGGAAUAUGUACAAGUUCCGUCGACGACUUGAGCAGCGAUACCCUCAGAUAUGCGCUCAGUGCGAGCCCAAAGUUCAAACUCAGCUAGAUCAAGCCGGCUACACGGCGCGGACCGACCACCUACGACGCAUGAUGGAUAGGAGCAGGAAAGUUAGGGUUGCUCCAAAGCAAUUGACCUCGCUAGACAUUGCGGCCAAAGUCGGAAAGUGGCUCUGGUUUGGUGGUAUUUCUUGUCAAUACCUGUGGCAUGUUGCAUCCUUGGCUGCUGUCUUUGCGACGCAAUAUGAUGAAGGCCCGAUGCGAGACCCGGAUGCGGAUGCCGAAAGCACAAUGGUCCAGAGGCUUUCACUUGCUCUUAUACUGCUUCUCCCUCGGCCUGAGAGGUUAAUACACUGGAGUCUAUGGGCCAAUGCUGUGAGCAUCUGGUGGAACCCUAAAUUUGUUCAGGUCUUCCGUGGCUUCUCUCGACAUAUCCUGGGAUUGUCACACUGGUACACCUUUCAGGGACUCAUCAUCUUUACGCGAUUUCUUGCCAUGAGAAUGACCGAAAUGAAAGGCGGGCGAUCAGCUGAAGGAAGUGCACAGAUGAGCCUCCACGGAUUGAUGGCUGUGUUGAUGCUGGCUAACACCGGAACACCAGCUGCGUCACCACCGAGACCGCAAACGGCACAAGCUCGAGAAGACGACAAUAAGAACAUGGCAAAUCUCUUGGACGACAUUCUGGCCGAGUCCAGCCCGAGGCCCGGAAUCCCUCCAAGUCCAACGAGCGUUGGCUCGGCAUCACCAGCACUCUUCCAGCGGGAAUUACAGCACAGAUCGAGCAACCGAAACAUUGGCAUCAACACUCCGCAAAAGCUGCCUCAGCCCCAGUAUUCGGAGGAAAUGGAUUGGUCUCCGACACAAUCCAAACACCGGGCCUUCAAUGAUUUUGGACCUCCAAAGGCACCGAACCAGGUAUUCGGGCAACCUGAUCCAGGCCCCAACUCGAGCCCGUUCUGGUACAAGGUUCCUCCCGCGCCAAUAACACCGGCACAGAAGCUUCGCAACGGUCCCAAGAUAUUGACGAAACCGGUGGAGAAAAAGUCAAUCUUCACAACCGGCAGGACGGAUGCGUCCAAGUCGCGGGGCGAGGACGCGAGCGGCGAUACAGGCAAGGUAGCAUUCGCGCAACCCACGUUCUUCGCGCCCUCGGCGUCGAACCCUAGCGAUCCACGCAGCUCCUUGGCCGAUCUGCUCAAUUCAAGUUUUACUCUGAGCCUAGACGAUGAUGAAGAAGAGGGAGAGACGGCGUUGGCAACGAAGACGGAAACAGGAAAUAAGCACGCCGAGCUUGCGAACUCCGGACCUUCGGCACGAACGGCUGGUUUGCGUAACAACCGCUUACUGGACGUUUUCACCUUGGCGAUCCUCCUCGGCGCGUGGCUCCACGCGACAUCUGCGUCAUACCCGUACAGCCGGGACGUAAUGUUUGGUGCCAUGCUCCUGAGCAUGGCCAUUGCCAUUCACCUCACCAGCGACGCAAUCAGGGACAUGCGCAACGAAAACACUCCCAGCUUGGCGUCCAUUAUCAACACGUCUCUGGGGAUAGGAGAGCUUGCGGUGGCAUGUCACUUCGCGCUCCAAAUCUGGGGUGAUCGGACGCCGACGUCCGGAUUGCAUGGCGCGUCGGUCAUUGGCGCGAUACUCGCACAUGAGAUGUGGAAUGCUGCUUGCUAG